GAGAGAGAGAGAGAGAGAGAGAGAGAGAGAGAGAGGAAUGUAUUUGUGCCUCAGAUCUGUAGUGGGACAGGGGAAAUCUCUUCUCUACAAUUGUUCUGAUAUUUAAAGUUUAUUAGAUGACCAGUUUCUUGACCAGGAACACCAUGGCUGAUAAUGAGUGGAGUUUAAAAUGAGGCUGGAACGCAGUGAGACACCUUCAUGGGGAAGAGGAGACCUGCAGCUCAGACAGGAAGAUGAUGAAGAUGACAGUCCACAGAAAACAAAACGUUAUUAAAGUGUUCAGCAAAACCAGGACUCUACACAGUGAAGAGAACUGGGAAGAUCAUGCAUCCCAGAAUGCAUUGCUUCUCCUGGAAGACCACGCCCACCUCACCAUCGGCUCAGAGACGCGAGGGAGGCUCCUCCUACUUUCCACAGACUCACUUAUUGUCGCAAAAACCAAGUCUCUGUAUCUGAAGGUGAAAGCUCGUGUGAGUCUCUCUGACAUUUGGCUGGCUUCCUGUAUACAACGUGUCACAAACAGGAAGUUAAGCAGCAAGACCUCCUUUGUGAUUGGCUGGCCUACGACCAAUUACGUUGUGACACUGAGCUCUUCAGAAACAAAGGACAAGUGGAUGUGUGCCUUACAGUGGCACAGUGUGAAAGCCAGGCAGAGUUUAAUCCCAAAUCACAUGACCCUGAAGGUCCAGCUGUUCGACUCAGUGACUGCAGCGGUGAGCGUGGACGUGAGUUCUACAGCCGAGAGCGUGGUCCAGAGAGUUCUACAGCAGAACGCUCUCACGGGCGGAGUCUCAGAAUACCAGCUCUGUGUGCUGGAUGAUGGAGAGGAGGAAGUCUACCCACUUAUCGGUCAUGAGCUCCCUUACUGCAUCCUGCUCCACUCACUGCGAGGUCAGAGGUCACGGCACAUGCUUGGGAGACACCAGUGGCACAGUGCUGAUGAACUGCAUCUCAAUGAUGACACGAACGAGUCGACAACACCUCGCUUUAUACUGAAGCGCAGACCUGCAAUAAACACGGACAUCCAAACAGGUUCUCUAAAGCACAAAAGGAAACAAUCUCUGAUUGGUUGGGCCCUGAGGAAAGGCCACGCCCAAUCAGAAGCACAGCCUGACCUUCAGCUCACUGCCAACAAGCUGUUUGGCCAAUCACUGUCCUCGCUGUGUCCUGAUGGAAAUCUGCCUAAAGUGAUAAUGGAUCUACUGUGCAUGCUGUACCAUCAGGGUCCUGAGACACUUGGAAUAUUCCGGCGCUCAGCGAAUGCUAAGAGCUGCAGGAUCCUGAAGGAGAAGCUGAACUCCGGACAUCCAGUUUCACUCUGUGGAGAAUCCGUGUUUGUGGCAGCAUCUGUCCUCACUGAGUUCCUACGCAAGUUGCCUGGCAGUGUACUGGGCUGUGAUCUGUAUGAGGCCUGGAUGAAUGUGAUGAAGGCAGUUGAUGAGAAGGACAGAUACUCCUCAUUGAAGAGCGUGUUAGCAAAGUUGCCCCAGGUCAACCGUACACUCCUGUGUUAUGUGUUUGGAGUGCUCCAUCAUAUACACACACACUCAGACGUGAAUCAGAUGACGGCGUCUAAUCUGGCCCUGUGUAUCGCACCUAACAUGCUGUGGAGAGGAACCACUGUGAACCCUGAGCAGGAGAGCCAGAGCACACUGGAGGUGGCUGCACUCAUCCGCUUCCUGAUAGAGAGCGCUCCCUCCAUCUUUGGGGAUGAAGCAGAAAAGACUUUUACUGGCCUUUUGAACACAGAGCAGCAGAAUGACCAGCUCACAGCCGAUGCCCCCCUGCCUCUCCACUCGUCCUCAGAAGAGACAGAUCUGGACUUUCUUCCUUCUCCUGUCCUCUCUCCAGACCUUGAGCCUUUCCUGCCGCUGAGCACGCUCUCUUUCAGCGGAAACAGGAAGUUGCGGCCCUUUAAAGUCUCGGCGAAGGCCACGGACGGCUACAGCUGCAGCACGCUCGGCCAAUCAUGGGACAGGUGUCUUUCCGAGCCUUCCAUGAGCUUUGACGCAGCGACUCGUCCCCAAGCCCCGCCCCAUCCUCCUGUCAUUCGCCAGUCCAGCUGUGACAACGCUGUCAUAGACAACAAGAUCGACCAAUCGAAGAGCCCGGUGCUGCAGAGCCACAGCAGAGGAGCAGGAAAGGGGCGCUACGCUUUCUGGAAGUCUCCACAGUUUCCUGCACGUUUCCGUCAUUCCGCUCAGCGACUGGCCAGCAUGUCCAGCCUGUCGUCAACGGCGACGUCAUCUCUCAGCUCACUGGACAGCUUCGAGUGCGUCCCGAGUCCAAAUGACGAUAAGCCACGGCCAUUUUUGUUUGGCACUUCGGCCCGACUCCGCCCACUGACCCCGGAGAUGCCAAGGAAGCUGUGGACUAUGACCUUCACUCAGGAUGAGCUAAAGGACGGAGACACAGAUGGAGAGAGAGAUAAAGAAAAAGAUAGAGGAGCGAAACAUAUGGAUGAAAAUGUUGAGGAUGAUUUGGAGGCACAAAAGGCUGAAGAGGACAGAAAGAUGAAAGAGGACAGAAGUGGAGUGACAGAGGAGGGAGAUGGAGGGAUGCAGGCAGAGGAACAUGAGACUCUUCACCAUGAUGAAGGAAUCUCACACCACAUGCUAGUCAAUAAUGAGAACAGGGAGCUGGGGAGCGUACACACUCCGUCACACACACACUCCUGUCCCAUAAACACUACACACACCACAAUAACACUCCCAUCCAAACGAGUCAAAACCAGCAGGAUGAAAAUCACCUUGUUCCCCAGCGUGGGCUGGAGGAUGUUCAAACCAUCCACCAGGGUUACCAUGGAGACAGGAGGAGAGGCAGUUACCAUAGCACAGGUGAACGUACCACAAACGCUGUUUUACAACCAGAACGUCAACCUUGUGCUUCAGUCAGAUGGAGGACGAUGUAAGAUUAGCGACGCUGAUGGUGUCUGUACGUGUAAUGAGGCUUACGUUAGCAAAGAGCCAGAAGAUGAUGCUAGCUGUGAACUUAGCAUCAACACAACUGAAAACAGCGUCCCUCUGAGUGACACGGAAACAGGUAGCAAAAGUGGAGUUGAUGUUAGCCAAACAGCUAGCAACAUUCGCAAGAGUGGAUCCUUUAACCAAAGCACAGCUGGCGUUAGCCAGAGCGACCACAGAGUUAGCUUAAAUGCUUCUGCUAGCACACACCACAAGAUUAGCAUAAAUGUGAAUGAUUCUAUCCAGAGCAAUCCUGGAAAUGGAGAUAGCACUCCUGCUACCACUGUUCACAUUAGCAGUAUAAGCUGUAAUAGUGACAGCACACAUGCUAGCCCGAGUGCUUCCACUAGCAUGAGCCAUACGGUUAGCAACAGCAGUCUGGACUGCAUCAGUGACGUCAACUCUGUUUCCCAUAGCUCAAGCCCGAGCUUCAAUACUACUGCUACUAGCAUGAGCCACGCCGUUAGCAUUAGCACAAUUAGCCAUAGUGUUAGCAUUACUCCAAGUAACACUAAUCAGGAUGCAGAUGCGUCUCAAAAAACUUCACUCCGACAAACCAUACGCAUACGGCUACCAGCUACGGUACGCAACAGCGUCAGAGCGUAUUUUAGCCCUGCCCACACGCUCACACACACACACUCAACGACACACACCCACUCAGAAACACACACACAAUCGCACACACACACUGUGUCCCAGUCCCAGAACAGGCCGCUGUUUACCAGUAAUCUCCAGUAGCAGAAGGCUGCUCGUCCAUGUGGCAGGAUUCCUGUCUUAUCUGUUUUUGCAGCUGAUGCUAAAUCAUUUUAGCGUAACAAAACAAUUUUUUUAGCAAUUUUCCAGCUUGUCUGAGGUAAAUGUGGACAUUCUGGAUGUUUCUGUGUCACUUUAACUCUCACUGUGUCUUUACAUUGUGUCCAUAUAGAAGAUUGAACAUGUAUGCUAGCUAGCUAAAUUAUUUCCUUCAGUUAGCCCCUUGAUACACUGAAUGUAUUGUGUUUUAGAAUGAGGCUAAGCACAAGCCAGAACAUCUGAACUUUAUUUUACAAACCUAAAUAUUUUCAUGACUGUGUGUGUGAAGCUAAUCACACUGCUGAGUAAGUUAUUAAUGCAAAGAUGUGCAAUUAGCUUUACGCUAACAAUCUAGCAUCUGUGUAAUCUUGCUAAUGGCUAAUUAACAGAGGCUGAAUUCUACCUGAGGUGAUUUUACUCUGGAGCGUUUAAACACACGCCACUGUAACCUGUUUAUUUAAUAUUUCCUCCAUGUCAGAGUUUAUUCAUUUAAACUGAUUUAUUCCUGUUCUCUGCACUUUAUAUGAUUUUUACACCUGAACACAAUUCUUAAGUGUGUGUGUGUGUGUGUAUGUGUGUGUGUGUGUGUGUGUGUGAGAGUGUGUGUGUGUGUGUGUGUGUGUGUGUGAGUGUGUGUGUGUGUGUGUGUGUGAGUGUGUGUGUGUGUGUGUGUGUGUGAGAGUGUGUGUGAGA